AUGUCCCUCGUACAGCAUGUUUCUGCCAUUGACGGUGUCGAUCGCGAACCUGAGCCCGACGACGACACGACCGAUACUACGGCAGUCUCGGCCAAUUUGGAUGGACUCGCUCCCAUCCGACGGAAGAUUAGCUACGAUGUGUUCCCUCCACCUGCCCCGGAGAUCGACGAUAAGCACGCGACCGCGGCGUACAAGGUGUCGGACAUAAGGCGUUUGGGUUAG